CAACAGUGCCAUUAGCAAGCACCAGUUUCAGCAAGACAUCAGCACGGUCGAACGAGCACAUCGUUGGUCCAUUGGCGGCGCAGGUUGUUCGACAUCGAAAAAUGACACGUUCGGGUGCGAAGUACCAAGGCUCCUUGUUGCGGUGGUUUUUACGCGCGCAUGAAGGGCCGCGGAUGCGGAAGAAUAAAGAGUGAGACAAUGCCGCCGUCGUCGCAUACGAACUGGACGAAACCGUUGCUGAAGGGCGGCCAAAUGAUGCAGAUGCAGGUAAAACGAGUUACUGGAAACGGACAGAAUCAAAAUUCGAACGGGAACAGCAACGAUAGCAGUGGCAUCCCGCACGAUCGGAGAAUCAAGGUGGUCCUAGUGGGCGACGGUGCUGUCGGGAAGACUAGCUUAGUCGUCUCCUACUCGACGAAUGGAUUUCCUGGCGAAUACGUACCCACCGCUUUUGAUAAUUACAAAGUUGUGGUUAAUGUUGAUGGACAACCUGUAAAUGUUCAACUUUGUGACACUGCCGGACAAGAUGACUUUGAUCCUUUGAGAUCACUCUGCUACCCAGAAACAGAUGUAUUUUUAGUAUGCUUUAGUGUUGUAUGUCCAUCUUCCUACCAUAGUGUCGCAUCAUGGUGGAUCAACGAAGUUCGAAAAUACUGCCCAAAUGCUCCAAUAAUUUUAGUAGGAACAAAAAGUGAUCUAAGAUCGGAUGUUCGUCUGAUGCUACAAUUAGCAAGAUAUGGUCAAGCACCAAUCACAACAGCUCAAGGUCAUCAGUUAGCUCAAAGAUUAGGUGCAGUAAGUUAUGUGGAAACAUCUGCGUUAACUCACCAUGACUUAAAGGAGGCUUUUGAUCAAGCGAUCGUUAGUGCUCUCAAUGCAAGACGCGGAGGUAUCGGCUUAAUAUGCAGACGCCGAAAACCUCCAUCGUUAUGGCGUAGAUGGUUAUGUUGUUUAGAAAGACCACAGUCAAACGAUGCGUAGAUUUUAUUCUUAAGACUCUCUAGAAUGACUCUGUGAUCAUAAGCAUAAGCUGCCUUGCUGUAGGAACUAUCAUGCAUGGAUUUAAUGGUAUUGUUACAAACUUCUUACAGUUUGUAAUUUGACUGUUAAGACCAUAAGUGAUUGUCCUGGAAUAAUUCCUCAAGCCCGUUGCGGCGUAAUUUAUUAUAAUAUUAAUUCUAUUUUUGUUGCUAGAAUAUAAUUGGCAGCUCGCUGGUUGUGAUUUUAUAUCUGUAAUUCUUGGACAUUAUUUUAAUUACUUAUAAGAUUCGUUGCACUCAGACUGUUAUGAUCAUUGAAUUGUUUAUAUCGUAUCACAUAAGAUAAAAAUUGAAGAUUAGCAUUACUCUCAUUUUAUUUAUAAUUAUUUGAAAGACUUUUAAUAUAAUGUUAUUGCGAAAGAACUGUCAUUUUCAUUAUAUUGAAGUAAUUUUAAAGCAUCACAAAAAAGAAAUCAAAAAAUAUAUUUAAAACUUAAAUAUUAUUAGACAAAUAUCAGUCUACGCAUAAAAAAUCACAUGGUUUAGUACACAUACUAUAUAUAUCAAUUAUUCAUAAUGAAAAUUUUUUGCAUGAAUCAUAUUUAUAUUGAAUCAUAUAUAAGAGUCAACCAUGAUGAUCAUUAUUGGUUAGAAUAUCAUAAGAAACAUACUAUUAAUGAUAUUCGAAGUUAUUAUUUUCAAUAAUAACGAUGUGAAAACCUUAGGAAUUGCUGUAAUUCUGGAAAUUACAAUUUUGCUAAGACAUAUAGUAAAUUCAGCAAACAGACUAAACCAAAAGUGUGAUCGAUAUAUUUUGUAUCCAGUUCAACUAUAGCAUGUGUUAUUCGUGUUAUAGGAAAUGUAUGUUAAUAUUUAGUAGACAGGUAUCGAUAACAGAAAAUCCUAUAAAAUAAAUUAUAGUAUUACGAAUUUUUACACGAUAUAGUUAACGCUUGUGUUAAAUCCUCAUAGAUAGAGGAAAAGGUAGACAAAUUUUUGGCCAAUUCUUGUAAGAGUGCCUCAAAAUACCUUACUUGCACAUAGGAAUUAAUGUUUCACACAAUUUUAUAAACUCUUUUUUUACAUAAAUUUUAAUCUGAUUUAUGUAAGACUAAAAACCAUUUCUUAUUUGUUUUAUAACUAUUCGUCACAUGCAUGCAACAUUAGACUCACAUUCUGUCUGCGAUUAUACAUCAAAAUAUCUGCAGACCUAUAUCUAUGAAAUAUGUACAAAAUAUUGGUCAUUUUUGCAAUAUAGCUGAGAGACUAUGUAAUAAUAGCUUUUAAAUGAUAUUGAUCAUAUACUGUAUGAAGACUAACAGAAUGCUUUAAGAAGUCUUGUUUGUCUACUAAAGUUAUCAUCAGUAUUUCUAUAAUACUCGAUGAACUUAACAAUUAUGCAAUAAAUCAACUGAUUUAGUAUUUGUGCUCAUGGGUCCUAUUAUUCUUUGCUCAUUUGAUAUAGAAGAUUAGUAUUAUGAACUACUAAACCAUAUGCAUGUAUUAAACGUUCUUAAUUGUACUUUAUAUUAUUAUGAAAAAAGAGUUACACAUAUAGUUACAAAAUUAUAAUAGAUAUAUACAUAUGUGUAAUUGGUGUUUAUUAACAAUAAUUGUUUUUUUAUUUGCAUUAAUAUUUGCAAAGAAUCAAAAUAGGAGCAGUAAGAGAAAUUUGGUAUGUAUGCGAUAACUACAUUGUUUUUAAGCAUCACAAUAUUCAUCACAUUCACAGUAAUAACAAACACAAUGUAUGAAUAUGACAAAUGCAUAGCAUAUAUUUGGACAUGAUGAGACAUGAUGAUCUUUUAUUACUGUUUAAUAGUUGGAUUUUUCAUAAACAGUUUAUGGAUGUGAGACAAUUUCCAGCAAUGUUAAUAUGAAAUUAUUAACUAAUUCGUUACCAAUGAAGGUUUUUUAAUUAUUUAUUUGGAAGCUUAUUAUUGAUCAGAAUACUUUUAUUAUUUAAAAAUUUUUUGAACAAUUAGAGACUUGUUUGAUAAAUGUUUAUAUUACAGAUGUAAUUUUUGUAUAUUUUCAUAUUUAUAAAUGAUAUAUCCUGAUUACAAUGAUUGAUGCAUAUACUUUUUAAACAUUUUUACAAGUAGAAGUUCAAACUUUUACAAGAAAUAUAAGUAUACAAUUUUCGUAUGUUAAUUGUAUAAUAUUCAUAUUUGAUAUAGACAUAAUUACAAUAUGUUGCUGUACAAUUUUUAUAGUAUUGCUCAUUUAUUACAAAUUUUCACUGUACAUAGUACCAUACUUAAUUGUCAUAAUAAAUGCAGGUCAUAUGUGUAUCAUAUUUAACAAAUAGUGCAAGUGUAACAAAGAAUAUUAGACUGAAGAGCCUACAUAUAUUAUAAUUAAUAAUAUUAAGUGCUUAUAUCCUGUAAUAAAGUAAAUAAUAUUUUUGUACA